CAGUGGAAUGUAAAUUGUUCAUAACGCACUGGACGCGCACGGGGAUUUCAUUCCAAAAAGAAUUUUGGGUUUAACUGUUCCGGCGUGGGCGUCUGGGGUUGGAGACUAUAUUCGUUUAUUGCAUGAAAGCUGUAUGAAAUCGAUUAUUAUAAGCAUCAAGUCGCAAAGAUAAAGCAACGAUCAUGUUGGUGCUGUUUGAAACGCCGGCGGGCUACGCGAUAUUCAAGCUGUUGGACGAGAGCAAACUUUCGCGGUCGGAGAAUCUUUAUUUGGACUUUGAAAGUCCUGAAAACGCCAGUAAAUUAAUUCAGCUGAAGCACUUUCAUAAGUUUGAGGAUACUACCGAAGCUCUAGCUGCCACUACAGCGAUUGUGGAAGGAAAACUGUCCAAGUCCCUGAAGAAAACGCUUAGGAAUAGCUGUACUGAAGCACAUGAACAACUAGCAGUCUCUGAUGCAAAACUGGGCAAUGUCAUCAAAGAUAAGCUGCAGUUAUCCUGUGUGAGUAAUACAGCGAUACAGGAAUUGAUGAGAUGUAUCAGGAGUCAGAUGGAUAGUCUGAUCACUGGAGUGACCAAGAAGGAAAUGACGGCCAUGGCAUUAGGCUUGGCACAUAGUCUUUCUCGAUACAAGCUGAAAUUCUCACCAGAUAAAGUAGAUACUAUGGUGAUACAGGCGGUGUGUCUGCUGGAUGAUCUAGAUAAAGAACUUAACAACUACAUAAUGCGAGCGCGCGAAUGGUAUGGCUGGCACUUUCCCGAGUUGGGCAAGAUUGUAACUGACAAUCUUCAGUACAUAAAGACAAUGCAACUAAUUGGUCAGCGAGAAAAUGCUGUCAAUUGUGAUCUAUCGGAUAUUCUGCCGGAGGAACUCGAGGAGAAAGUAAAGGAAGCUGCGGAAACUUCGAUGGGUUCGGAGAUAUCAGAAUACGACGCCGAGCACAUGCAAUGCUUGUGUGUUGAGAUAAUCGAGCUUCAUCAGUAUCGAUCUCAGCUAUGCGAUUAUCUAAAGACCAGGAUGAUGGCGCUGGCACCAAAUUUGACAGUCCUUGUUGGCGACUUAAUCGGUGCACGACUGAUAUCCAAGGCGGGUUCUUUAACCAAUCUUGCCAAACAUCCAGCGUCUACAUUGCAGAUUCUUGGCGCGGAGAAGGCGCUAUUUCGCGCUCUCAAGUCGAAAAAAAAUACGCCCAAGUAUGGUUUGAUUUAUCAUUCACAACUUGUUGGACAGUCCUCUAACAAGAACAAAGGCAAAAUAUCCAGGAUGCUGGCAGCGAAAGCUUCCCUGGCGACGAGAGUCGACGCGUUGGGAGAUACCACAAGUUUCGAGCUUGGUGCGGAACACAAAGCGAGACUGGAGGCGCGACUGAGGUUACUAGAAACAGGAAAUAUGCGUCGAAUAAGUGGCACUGCCAAAGCGAAAGCCAAGUUUGAGAAAUAUCAUAGUAAAAAUGAAUACAUGCAGUACUCCACAUCCGUAGACUCGACUUUGCCGACUGAGAAGAAGCCAUUGAUCGAGGAGAUUGAUAUAAAGGAGAACGAGGAACUCAUUAAGGCGAAGGAGAAUGAAGAAGCCCCUAAGAAAAAGAAAAAGAAACACAAAAAAAAACACAGCAUGGAACCUAAAACAGAAGAAGUAACAGAAGCUUCUGGUUCUCAAGAAGAGAUUCAAGUAAAAACAGAGUUGGAUGUAUCGAAGAAGAAAAAGAAACGUAGUAUAGAACCAGAAAAUGAGGAAGCACUAAAUAGCUCAUCGAAAAAGAAGAAAAAAUACAAUAUAGAAUCUAAAACAGAAGACAUAGAAGAAGCAUGUAGUGUGCAAGAAGUUGAAGCCGAUUCAGAACUCAUAUCAAAGAAAAAGAAAAAGAGAAAGAAGGAAUCCAUCAAAAUUGAAGAGGCUUCAGAGAAAGCAGAGGAGACAUUCGAAGCAGAUAUUUCGAUUGAAGCUGGAACAAGUGAAGGACAAAAGAAAAAAAAGAAGAAGAAGAAGGAAAAGGAAAAUGAGGGGAUUUUAGAAACGACAGUAUCAGAAGAAAUGGAUGAAUCAAUGUCGAAUGAGAAGAAAAAGAAAAAAAAGAAAGAGAAGCAAAAUUAAACUUAU